AUGACGAUCUUCAAAUCCUCAUACUACGAUAAAGACUACAGAGCGGGCGCUGCCCUAAUUCGUGCCCGUCGACCGUAUCUGAUCAAAAAUGCCGCUACUGGGCUCGCAUUGUUCGGCUUCUGUAUAGGCGUUUACGCUUUCACCAUAAAUGCUGUUGGGCAAGAUGAUUUCUCGGACGUGAAGCUUCCUGAUAAGAAACGGGGCGACACAGGCCGCGUCACAGGGCUACGAAAGAACUAUAAAAAACACCUGCGAAUAAUACUAUAA